AUGCAGCCCAGUCGCAUGUUGCAAACUGCCGCCACGUACGACGCAGGCUCAACCUCGACCCGGACUCUGGAUGACUUCGUUGUGCUGGUGUUCAUGCCGGCAGAAGCACCUCGCGAAGAAGAGAUUGCGUGUGCGCGGAUUGUACCGUACGUAUCGGGGACCUACACAAUACUAGCAGUGCUGGCGCAUGAUGAGGCCAGCCAUGUUUCGUUGUUUCGUGGCCAUGAAUCGCCAUCUUCCAAGGGCCGUUCUUCUGGAGACCUUCUCGAACGCGCCGCCAACAUGACAUAUGCUGAUUUUCAAUGUCAAUCUCGCUUGGCUUUGCGAGGCAACUCUUCCCGUCCGCCCGUCUCCAACGGUCGCCUGUCUCUGCUCGUCCACCAGGCUUAUGACGAUACUGCUCCGGCUCUGGGAACGAGAGGCGACUUUCCUCUGACAAUACUUCGGCCUGCAGAUGACAUGCCCACUACCAAAACUCUACCGGCCGCUCUGAUAUAUCAACCCUGCAUCGUUGGCAUCGCCAAUUUGACCGAACAAGAGAAGGUCUGGGUAGUCGACACAGGCGACUUCGACACGUCGUCUUGCAGCACGAGUCAACACGACAUGUUCCACACUUUCCAGUCCUCUGCCGCAAUGCGGUCUCCCGAUGCAGACAUAGAUGCUUCAGGCAAACCAUCGCGCCCCCCAGGGUCACGGCGCAUAUCCACCAGCAACGCGUGCGUCGAAUGCAGGAGGCGCAAGAUUCGCUGCGAUGGCUCGCAACCCUGUGGGCAAUGCCAGUGGUACCAGCACCCCGAGGCAUGUGGGUAUUCGAAACCUGCGCAGAGAGUGGUACCCAGCAGAAAACUAGUUGACAAGCUGUCCAACAACAUCGAGCAGUACAAAGCCGUCUUGACGAAGCUGUACGGAGGCAGGAAUCUCGAGUCAUUGGCAAAUCUGCCCAGAGAAGAGCUAUUGGAACUGGCCCUCUCCUCACCCUCCAUCACAUUGACGACAUCCCCUUCCACGACAGAAUCCGUAGCCCUGUCAGACGUCCAGGCGGGAUCGGAUGGGGCUGAGAGUCUGGAGGCGCUUGAACAAGCUCCACCCGAAGAUCCUUACUGGGAUGAGGCACGGAAGCACCAGCUCCGUGUCCAAGGCAUUUCCGACGAUGUCAAUGGGCUAUCCAUGUCAGUCGACCGCCUCUCGUCCUAUGUUGGAAUAUCUUCCAUUACAGCGGCACUCAAAGUGAUUGUAAGAUGCGCUCCACAAGCCCGCCUGUUGAUUGCGCACAACAGCCAGGAAACCGCGCUGCCGAGCCGUGCGGGGUCACCGCCGCCCGAACUUGCGGACAAUAACCCGCUUGCUGUUCCAUCAGCACAGCACGGCCAGCAACUUAUUGAAGCGUUUUUCGACCGGGUCCACCCUUUCUUUCCCAUGAUAGAUGAGCGCAAGUUCUGGAACACGUACUUGUAUGGUGAUCGCAAAGACUCCGCAUGGCUCGGCUUGCUCAACACAGUCUUUGCUUUGGGCUCACUUUCCUCGUCGACUGCAGACAACGAGGCCCACUAUGUCUACUUCACCCGCGCGAGACAGCAUGUCUCUCUGGAAUCUUUUGGAAGCGGGAACCUCGAGGUCCUGCAGACGUUGGCGAUUAUGAGUGGGUACUAUAUGCAUUAUCUAAACAGACCGAAUGAGGCACAUUCUCUGAUGGGUGGCACCCUGCGUAUGGCUACUGCUCUGGGCCUGCACCGUGAAUACUCUGAACGCAGUGGUUCAAGUCGGAAGUUCACAGCGGCUGGUGAGGAGGACUCGAUCUCUCCAGAAAUGCGGCGACGCAUAUGGUGGAGCUUGUUCUGUCUUGAUUCCUGGGCUUCUACCACCACUGGCCGCCCAUCUUUGGGUAGGAUGGGACCUUCAAUCACAGUGAUGAGACCUGGCACCGCGCCCAAUGCGGUACAAACGAUUCCGCCACCAGACAGCCCUCAGUACAUCGAACAACUCAAAAUUCUCCCCCUAAUCCACGCUUCUGCAUUCUGUCAGAUAGCCACUCGGAUACAAGAUCGUCUCGUGGAAACACCUUUACUCUCCUUGGCUGAGACUGCAGCUUUCGAUAUGCAAAUCCUCAAGUGGCACGAGGAACUACCCUCAAUUCUCUCUGAUCUCAACGAACCAUGUCCAGACUUUCUGCGCCGAGUUCGAACUGUCAUGAAAUGGCGCUUUCAAAAUAUUCGUCUUGUGCUCCAUAGGCCCGUGUUACUUACAACGGCCUUGCGACGCAGCUCUUGGAACUCUCUAAGCCCGGAAGAAAAGGUGGCGGUUGGAAAGUGUCGUAUGAUCGCGGCCAAGACAAUCCAGGAGCUGAGCAAGGAGUGCAUGGCUGACCUGAUCAGUGGCUGGAACGCGGUAUGGUUUUGCUUCCAGGCCUGUAUGGUCCCUCUUGUCUCGCUGUUCAGCGACUGUUCUAUACCGGAAGAGGUGAAGAAGUGGAAUGAAAGCCUGGAAACCGCCUUGCAAUUCUUUGAAACGGCCAAAGACUGGAGUAUCGCUGCCAAGCGAAGUGGGGACGCUGUCACAAGGCUGUAUGCCGCAUACAAGACCUAUGCAUCUACAAUGCUUUCACAACCACAAGCUCCCAUGCAGACGGUCCAGCCUCAUUACCAGGAUUCCAACAACUUUGCACUCCCAGGCACCGUGACUACAAGCAGUAUGCUGAAUACACAUCAAAUUUAUUCCCAAGCCCAGCCCGCAUUCCAAUACAACCCGUCAACACCAACGUGGGCAAAUGCAAAUGAUCCAACCAUUCUGAACAACCUCUGGGACGACAUGAUGUGGGACACAAAUCUCCCGGACAUGCUGGAAACACCAUUCGGGCUGAACAACGACUGGGAGUAUGCAUCAACGGCGCAAGACUCGGGCUCAGGUGGGGCAUGCUGGAUGCAUGGGAAUUGA